UUUUUUCACGAAUAAGUACUUUUAUUAAAAUGCCAAAGCGCAGUAGUGAAGCGAAGAUUCAGUAUUAUGAAGCAAAAUUACAGAAGUUACAAGAAAAACAAAAAGCCACACCGCCGGCUGUGCGCCGACGAUGUAUAGUUUAUUCAGAUUCAUCAACGGAUGACAACUCAGACAACGAGCCGCUGGCCGAAAACCUGUCACCACAACCGGAAGAGCAAUCUCCCGUGGUAACGAUUGAUGCUCCGCCUGAGACAACCAAUACUGAUACCCUGACGCAAGUGGACGAGUCGGAAGAAAUUGAUGUCGAGUUUCUUUCGGCUUUAGGCGAUACAACUCCGGAAACGCCUAUGUACGGCGAAAAAAUUCACGAGACAUUGGCGCAAAGAUGGUUGCCAAUUCUCCGCCGCGGCUUGCCUAAGGAGGCAGCUGAAUCAUUACUAAAGGAAUAUAGGAUUCCCGAAAAUUGUAAACUGUUGAGAGCGCCGACACUCAACCCAGAAAUCAUUUCGGCCAUAAACGGUGCUGCCAGGGGCAGAGAUAAGAAGAUCGAGAAUCUUCAGCAACAACUCGGCCUGGGCAUAACUGCUAUCAACCGAGCCAUGAAUACACUGGUUACUGGCAGCGGUGAUGAUAAGCAGGAUAAAGUCCAAGCUGUUAAGGUUUUAUCUGAUGCAUGCCGCAUAUUAUCUGACCUUCACUAUAAAGAAUCAGAAUCCAGAUCAAAUUUAAUUUUACCAGGACUGGACAAAUCUUUCCUUUCUGUCAUUCAAGAUGUAGAAAGGGACGAGUCGCUAUUUGGAAGUAAACUCGGUGACAAGAUCAGAGCAUCUCAGAUGAUCGAGAAACAAGGACUCCAAAUUAAAAAAGUCGUCACGAUCCAGAAACCUCCUGCGCCGUCCACGUCCAAGUCGGCUAACGGAUCCCGCUACCAGGGAAACUGGUCCACGCCUUCCCGCUUCCAGCCGUCGUCGUCGAACAGGGGGGGGAGGGGAGGCGCGCAGAAGAUCCAAGCGACGCAGAGACCAACGUAUCCGUCACGGGGAACGACACAAGCGAAGGGCAGCUACAACAAGCAGCGUGCUCCUCCACGCCACUAAACUUGGUACGUCACGCUGGCAGGUUACAAUAUUUUUUCGAUUGCUGGCUAUCAAUCACGAAUAAUCCUGUCGUAUUGAGCUGGAUAAAAGAUGGGUUUUCUAUACCUUUCGAAACCAAAGUCUUCCAAAAAACUGUUCC